UUAUGAAUGAUAACUUACAUAGACCUCCCUGUCAUACUGAGUGGAGGAGAAUGCGUUUUUUUAUUGUAUAAGCGGAGUGUGUAGGAACAAAUGCAUAAGUGACCUAGGCAUUUGAUUCAAGCAGGCUCCAUGAACAACUUGAAUGACCCCCCCAGAUGGAACAUCCAACCUGACCCCAGAGGGAGGGAGGCGGGUGCUGGUGAUGGCAACCAAUGGAACUACGCCCUGCUUGUGCCCAUGCUGGGACUGGCAGCAUUUCGUUGGAUAUGGACGAGGGAUUCUCAGAAUGAGAUCCAGAAGAUUAAAGUUCAGUACGACAAAGACAUGUCCACGAUAAAAAGUGAGAUGGAGGCUCGUUACAGAGACACGCUAACAGAGAGCCGCCGGGCAGUGGCUACGCUUGAGCUAGAGCUAGAGAAGGAGAAACAGAGGGUGAAAGGAUACCAGCAGGCGCUGGUCUCUCAUAGCCAGCAUCUAAUCCAGGAACGGAAACAACUGGAACAGGAGCGAGAGGCACUGAACACAGAGAAGCAGAAGUUGGUCAAAUCUGGCGCUGCCGGUGCUGCACUGCGUGACGCCCUGGAUAGGGAGACCAGCUGGUAUCAGCGAGCCUCAGCCACUCUGAGGGAGCUGGAGGGUCUGCUGGUGGAGCGUCAGAACGCCUACUGCUCCCUCCUCCAGCCCCGAGAUCAUCGGCUGGAGAUGGAGAAGAACAUGCUGCUUAAGGUCGUCAAAGAUCCCGUCGCUGCAGAGCUGGGUCUAGAGUCGGACUUGAAGGACAUUUUUAAAAGAGACAAACACUGUGCAGAUCUGAUGAACAUGGACAAAAGGAAGAAUGGAAGCCUCAUGUGGGUUUACUUGAAGUACUGGCAGCUGCAGAUAACUCUGCAGAAACACAAAAGAGCUGAAGAAGCCAUAUUUGAAGGGAAAAUCCAGAGUCUCCUAAAGUAACCCAGUUAAGCUAUUUUUUGGCAUCCUGUUUUGCUUGGAAACGUGAUUUCUGAUAGGAAUGUUAUGCAAAUACCGAAGAGGUCAUUUUAUUCAGAUGUGUUUUUUUCCCAUCAUGCUUCUGUCUAACUCCCCUCUGAGUUAAGGGAGCAUCAUAAAUACAUAUAUCAAGACUUGAUAGCUUUAAUUUAACUGGUAAGUUAAAAUGCACUUAGGAGAAUCAGGUGGCAUCUGAUGGCACUUUUAAGAGAAUAAAAAACAUUUUCUUUUUAAAAUUAAGUUAAAAUAUUCUCAGCAUUUACUUAUAACUUUUUUAACUUCCAUUUUAAAGACAAGGGUAAAAAUGCGUCUGUUAUUUUAAUACUUUGAGAAUAUUUUGCACACAAUUCAGAAUGAAGUGAAACACUAAAUAUUCUGUUGAUAAAAUGGUAAUGUUCUGCAUAUUUUCUUCGUCAAAUGAAUUUUAGUGGGACGUAGGGACACCUUAUCACCUGUCUCUGUCAUUUCCUCAGGUUUUAAUCUUUCUCAGUGGGAUUAUUUCAUCAAAUUGAAAAGAUGUGUCUUAUUAAAUUUGACUUCAGGAAAAAAAAAUCUUGGGGACAGCACUUUAUCUAAGUUGCAUGUUAAAAAAGGAAGAACAAAUCUUUAAUACUAAAAAAUAACAAAAACACUAGAAUUCUCAGAUGGGUCUGCACUGAAAGGCACACGUAAAGCGACUUCAUGCACACGUGUAGCUUUUUUCAUGGGAAAACCUGGCCGUUGUGUUGUUUUUCCAGAACCGUGUAAAAUGUGCUGUCAUGAGUUCACAUGUACUGACCACCAUGUGCAAUCCUCUGAAUGUAUUUUUUUCAAUAGAUUUUUUUUUUUUUUUCA